CCGACGUUGCAUCAUGGCUGCGAAAACUCAAGCGCAUACAAUUUGAUGAAGAAAGGUAAUAAUAAGAAUACUCUUAACAAGGAUUUAUGGAACAAGGCAAGUCCUAAGCUGCGCGCCAAUCUUGCGCAAUGUUCUGGCACAUAUGGCAGGAGAUCCAAUUCAGUUCUGUCCUGUCUGUGGUUAAUGUAGUGACACUGACUGUAUUUGUUGUUGUUUACUUUUGUAUGCACGAGUACAAGAUACGCACAAAAUACUCUAACAUUCCGCCUGGUCCUAAACCAUGGCCUUUAGUUGGCAAUUUUGGAGGCUUUCUUGUGCCCCCUUCUAUAUCUCGACGUUUAUGGCGAAAUCGGCAGGAGAAUGCGAAAAGAACAGGUCCUGUUUCGCCUCAAGUCGCACUAAUGGAACUUUCGAAAGUCUACGGGAACAUAUUUAGUAUUUUUGUGGGCAGUCAGCUGAUGGUGCUGCUGACCGGCUAUGAGGUGGUUAGAGACGCCUUGUCCCACCAUGCAGAGGUGUUCUCUGACAGACCAGAUGUGCCUGCCAUCACGAUUAUGACAAAGAGAAAAGGGAUUGUUUUUGCACCCUAUGGCCCAGUAUGGAGAAAACAACGGAAAUUCUGCCACAGCACUUUACGCAGCUUUGGUUUAGGGAAGCUCAGUUUGGAGCCCUGCAUUUUGGAAGGGCUUGCUAUUGUUAAAAGUGAACUAGUGAGACUCACCAGAGAGUCAGGAGAAAUGGGUGUUGACCUGACGCCUCUGAUAAGCACUGCUGUGUCCAAUGUGAUUUCUUCCAUUAGUCUGGGGCAACGUUUUCAUCAUCAGGAUACAGAGUUCAGCACCUUGCUGGAUCUAAUGGCACGUGGGCUCGAGAUCAGUGUGAACAGUCCUGCUGUUCUCAUCAACAUCUUCCCCUGGCUUUACUAUGUGCCCUGUGGUGUGUUCAGAGAGCUGCGGCAGGUGGAGAAUGACAUUACAGUGUUUCUUAAAAACAUCAUUGCCAGACACAGGGCCACAUUAGAUCCAAACAACCCUAGAGACCUCAUUGACAUGUACCUGGUGGAGAUGCAGGCCCAGCAGACUGCAGCAGAGCCCGCAGACAGCACAUUCUCGGAGGACUACCUUUUCUACAUCAUAGGUGACCUCUUCAUUGCAGGAACUGACACCACCACCAAUUCCAUACUGUGGAUGCUGCUCUACAUGUGUUUAUAUCCAGACAUUCAAGAGAAAGUGCAGGAGGAGAUUGAUGCAGUGAUUGGCAAAGACAGAAUUGUAUCACUGACUGAUAGAGGAUCUCUACCCUUCACCGAGGCAACUAUAAUGGAGGUCCAGAGGAUGACAGUGGUUGUUCCUCUUGCAAUUCCUCAUAUGGCUUCAGAAACCACAGUGUUCCGAGGUUACACUAUUCCAAAAGGAACAGUUGUUAUUCCAAACUUGUGGUCUGUACAUAGAGACCCAGCUGUUUGGGAAAAUCCAGAUGAUUUCAAUCCUUCUAGGUUUUUGGACGAACAAGGAAAACUGUUGAGAAAAGAGUGCUUCAUUCCAUUUGGAAUAGGCCGCAGAGUAUGCAUGGGAGAACAGCUGGCCAAGAUGGAGCUUUUCCUGAUGUUCACCAGCUUGAUGCAAGCUUUCACAUUCAGAUUACCCAAAGGAAAACCGCCACCACCGAUGCAUGGACGUUUCGGCCUCACGCUGGCCCCUUGCUCAUACACUGUCUGUGCGACAACGCGCUGACAUAACAUGGAGGACUGAAUCAAGAUAAUCACUACAAUCCAAUAGACUUUUUUUAAAGGAAACAUUUCUUACAUUUCAUGCCUGCAUAAUGAGCUGCACCCUUCAUUACCCAUUAACAUGCUGGAAUGGUAGUUUGCAGCUUUUAUAAGCGUUGCACCUUUUGUAACCAGUAAUCACUGACUUACUCUGUCCAGCUGUCUAUACAUUUCAGGAUGGGGCGCAGAUUUGCCAUCUGAUGAUGAUGACAUUUAUUUUUGUCUAUAUAUCAUUUCUUUUAAAAAAGAAGAAAGGAAUGCACUUUAUCAGGGAACUUAAUUUAAAGCUAUAUUUGGUGCUCAAAACAUACAUUUCAGAGAUUAGUGAAACCUACCAUGUCAUUUCAGUCCAAAGGCUAUUACUGUAAUGUAAUUGUUAAUGCAAUUUUGUCUUGGAAAUGUUGAACGGGUUGACGAUAAACAAACUUGAACAUUAA